AUAAGGCAGAAGGUCCCGAACACCAACAACUAUGAAGAAGAAGUAUUUGGAAAAUAUACCCUGGAAGUCAAAAUGUCCAACAAAGGAAAAUGGGACCUUACACUGAAACGCUAAUAUAAAGAAAAAGGCGAAUGACAAUUUGGGAAUAUUUUGGGGGGUUUAAUAGACUCUUUCUUUUUUUUUUUUGGUUCUUUUCAAUCACUUCUUUCAUCAUGGAUCAUUUUGACCGAAUAGAGUGAAUAACCUGGACACAUUAUCGAGGAAAUAACAGGGACACAUGAGAACAGGUUUCCUUUGAUUUGUCGGUGAGUUUAUUUUACGCGUAAUUUGGAGAUUUCCAUUCAUGACGCAAACGCGCAAAAGUGUCAUUCGCGGCUGUAAAUGUGGACACAUCUGAAGAAUCCUGCUUUGCUUCUUUUUCUUUAUUAUAAAUCAAUCAACCUUGUGAAAUUUGGAUGUUAUAACGGGCAGCUCGCAGAACUGCACCGGAGUGACCAAAGACCGAAUCCAACAUCAGGAACCGUGUCACGGCAUUUCAAGGAUAAAUUGCGUUUCAUUCGCGUCUAGUUCAGGAUUUUCCAACUACCUGACCAUUUAUCUCACACUUUUAUCCACUUUUUAAAGUGUCUUCUUUUUGGGAAGAAGGCGCGUACGAACUUAGAUUGACUUCAGGUCGAUCAAACGAACGAAACUCGCUUUUAAUCACAGAAAAUGAGGAGGUCGAUGUAUAAAGUGCUUUGUUUUGUGUCCUGUGUCCUCUCCAUCCGCUGCACACCGGCACCGGACACCGACACCCGGAGCGUCACCUCGACCUGCGCGUCCUGCGGGCUCCCUCAGGCGGAUGAAUCCACACGGGUGGACGUGGACUUCUUGGAGGCGGUGAAAAGACACAUUCUGUCCCGGUUACAGAUGCGAGACAGACCCAACAUCACCCACCCCAUCCCGAAGGCGGCGAUGGUGACCGCGCUCAAGAAGCUCCACGCCGGGAAAGUGCGAGAGGACGGGCGAGUGGAGAUCCCGAACCUGGACGGACACUCCGCGGCGGUGAAUGAGGUGGAGGAGGAGACGUCAGAGAUCAUCAGUUUCGCCGAGACAGACGAGUUGCUGACCUCCAAGACCAGCCUGUUUUUUCUGAUCUCCAACGAGGGCAACCAGAACUUGUAUGCGUCCCAGGCGAACCUUUGGCUGUACUUUAAACUUCUGCCCAACGCUUUGGCAAAGGGUUCUCGGAGGAAGGUCACGGUGAAGGUGUAUUAUCAGGAACCAGGUCUGGGGAGCAAAUGGAAUUUGGUGGAGAAACGAAUCGACCUGAAACGCAGCGGUUGGCACACCUUUCCCUUGACGAACGCUGUGCAGUUGGUUUUCUCAAAAGGCGAUCGGCGGCAGAAUCUCGACGUGAAGUGCGAGGGGUGCGAAAACAUGGGUGUCCUGCCCGUGUUGGUGAACUCGGCUGACGAGUCCCACCGUCCUUUCCUGGUCGUCCAGGCGCGACUUGCGGACAACAAACAUCGCAUCCGUAAACGAGGCUUGGAAUGCGACGGGAGCAGCAGCUUGUGUUGCCGCCAACAGUUUUACAUCGACUUCCGCCUCAUUGGCUGGAACGACUGGAUCAUUGCCCCAUCGGGGUACUAUGGGAAUUAUUGCGAAGGGAGCUGUCCCGCAUACAUGGCUGGGGUGCCUGGCUCGGCCUCCUCUUUUCACACCGCCGUGGUGAAUCAGUACCGCAUGCGAGGUAUGGGUCCGGGAUCCAUGAACUCGUGUUGUAUCCCAACCAAACUGAGCACAAUGUCCAUGCUGUACUUCGACGAUGAAUACAACAUCAUUAAACGGGACGUUCCCAAUAUGAUCGUAGAGGAGUGUGGAUGUGCUUGAGUCACGGACUGCAAAUUUUCCAAAAGCAUAAGAGAAUAAUACUAAAUAUUAUAGUAAAAAAGUGCUAUUUAUGAAGAUCAUCAAACUUCUCCGAGCUCACACAUCCAUGUUCAUAUGUACAACCCAACUCUUCAGUGCUUGCACAAAUCUUUGUACAUAUAUUUAUGUUCUUUAAUAUCACCCGAUAGAGGGAUUCGUCAGUUUGCAAUCAACUGGUUUUGUUCCGUUCUAUAAAUACAGGUUUGUAUGAGACUUUAACGUCUAGAAAUGGAGCAAACCGAAUUGUAGACCAUGUUUGGGGUGGUUUACUUGGACAUAAAGUAUAACCGUGUACCUGCCCAGAACUAAAUCGAAAAGCACUGACCAUCUGUUCAAAACAACGUCAGCACUUCCAACAAUGACUUCAUCGAGUGACAACCAAUCUAUUCAAGAGUUUCUUCAAACAUCUCCAAUGAAUUCAUGGAGAAAAUACAAACUGGCUCAACUUUUCUUAACAUUUCAGACAUGCUGCAUUUUUUUACGUUUUGCAAAACGGAUUUCUCAACAGAGGGAUUUUUGCAGACAGUCUGUCACUGAAGACAUGAGGCCCCUUAAUAGAUCACGAGAGUUUUUAGUGUCUUUGCCAUGUCUCGGGACCCUGAUUAUACAUGCGACAAGCUGUAGCGCUGAAUAUACAUGGAACGCUACAGCGCAUCUUUCGGGCUCCCGCAACUAACAGUGCCCUUAAACAAUAAACACAAAAAAUUUACUUAAAUGUCUGAAACGAUCUCACUUGACAUGAGUUGCCAUACUGUUCAGUUAUGUUGUGGUGCAGCAUAGCACUUGCAAACAAUAUCGUAAAUGCACAAUUUAUAGCACUUGCAGACUAAAAUACCUUUGAAGAUGCAUGUCCUUGUUGAUGAAUUUUUUCGGAUAAGUGCCACACAAGCUAUGCAACGUAUAGUAGUAACCUACACCGAAUGGCCCACACUUUAGCUACUUGUCAUUAACUGUUUUCAAUACUUGAAAUGUAAACUUCACUUCCUUCUCUGGGUGGAUGGUUGUUACAAUGUUUGCACUGAAGUUGCAUUAUUAGUAAAGAUUAAAAAAAAACCUGCCAUUGAAAAAACAUUAUUUUUAUAGAAGCAAUUGAAUUCUGUUCAGAUGUAUUUUACCGAAUCAUGGAACCAAAGAGGCCAAGAUUUUAGCUAUUGUUUGAUGGUGAGGCCAUCCGAACCUUUUGUAAAAUACUUUUAUAAAAUGCGCGAGAGGCCUAAACUAUGUAUCAGGGUACAGUAGGAUGGAUUCCAUUUUAAUUUGACUUUGUACAGUAGACAAAUGGAAUAUUUCAUACUUUUCCAUCAACUUUCUACAAUUUUCUAUUUAAUACUUCUAGCGUCUAUUCUGGGAUCAUUUAGAAUCAAAUACAUGCCAUCUCUGUACAGCUUAUGUAAGAUAAAGAAUGCUUUGAAUUAUUUUGUUCUUUGUAACUGUUAUGAAAUAAAUGUCUUAUUCUGCAUUAAACGUGCAUGCUUUAUAUUAGCGCACAGUUAUAAGUGUCAACCAAAUGAGAGUCUUCCAUGGACCUUAUGAACAAUCAGUCCAUGCUGACUACGACAUGUUAAAGCUCAGAACAUCUUUAUAUCUGUCACCGCUGCAAUCGGCGGUGACAGAUAUAAAGAUGGAGAAUCGGCGUGUUUGUCAACAGUAGGGAAAUGACAUGUUUUGGAAAGACGCAAGACCUCUCAGACAAUACUGGGUAUUACUGCAAGAAAAUGGGGAGUAGAGAUGGGCGACUCCAAGAUCACUGAUAUCAAUACUAUUAAGCCUACAUACUUUAUAGCCUAUCAAUAUUGAACAGAUUUGUUUUUGUUGUUGUUGUUGUUGUUAUUUUUGAAGAUACAGUGGAUUAUUAUAAGCAUUUAACCCUUUAAGCUAGGCUUAUAACUCGACAAAGAAACAAAACAAGGAGGGUCAAGUGUUUGGUAUCAUUUUAAAGAAAAUAUUUCAAUUUUUUAUAUAGAUUAUGAUACAUUCUGAUACUCGAAAGCUAAGAAACUGCUGAAAAAUUACAACAAAUAUACAAAAAAAUUCAAAUAAAAUGUAGCCAAACAGGCUACAUUACAUACUUUUUUUCUGAUUUGAUAUUAUAUAUCUCUGGGUGUAAACAAGGUGGCUCCAAAAGACUGCUUUUGUUUUUUUCCCAAACAUGUCAACUGUAUCUGAGAAAAAUGUUGAGUAGAUAUGACAAAGCAUUUAAAAGUUAUUGUAUUACAAAUAUAAUUCAUCAGUGUCCAAAAGUGUUCAAAAGACUCUCCAAAGAAAUAAAACAUAAUAAUUGUACAUGCGAACUAAUUACACAUGCAAACACAACAAUGACUAAAGGUUGCACACAUGAUUUUACUCAUGAGAUUUCACAGAAUGAGUUUCAUUCUGUGUCAUUUGAGUCAUCAUUGAGUCUGUCAUGUAUUUGGCGCCAUCUCCUGGUGGUCAUAUGUAACAUUGUGCUUCAUGUGGAUUAUCUAAUGAUCUAUACAUCUGAUUAUCUUGUGUGUGGACUCGUUUAAAAGAUAAUCACCUCCUCUAAAUAAUGAUAUGUAAUAUUUGAUAUUCUGCUUGAAUUUCGUGAAGUUAUAAGCGAAAAUGUGGAAUAUAAGCAACCCCAACGUAAUUGUCAAAUAAAUAUACCUAGUUAUU